CUUUCUCCACUGUUUCCCGCCCGCACUUCUCGCCGCAUCAUUGUCCCGUCACAUCACAGUGGCUUUUUCACGAUGUGGGAGUGCCCUUUCAUCCCAACUCAUCUCUCCCAGUCCAUCCAUCAUGAGAGUCGUCAUCACAGGCGCCGGCGGCUUUGUCGGCCAAACGCUCGCAAAAAAGCUCAUCGAAAUCUCUCCUGAUGCCGAACUCGUACUCGCCGAUGUACACGCGCCUCCGAAUCCGACGGAAUCUGGCAAAGUCAACUGCGUUGGCGCCGAUCUCACGGACCCUGCAGCAUGUCGAGCUUUGAUAGACUGUUCUCCCGAUGCAGUCUACAUUCUCCACGGCAUCAUGUCGAGCGGCUCGGAAGCCAACCUUGAAUUGGGCCUCAAGGUCAAUUUCGACAGCGUUCGCAGCCUCCUCGACACCAUUCGGAUGAAGAAGCCCGGGAUCAAAGUCAUAUUUACCUCCUCCUGCGCUGUCUUCGGAAGAGCUGCUGUUAAAAAUGUCGCCACCGAGACGGACGUCGUUCCAAUGCCGGAGAGCUCCUAUGGGACGCAGAAACUCAUGGUCGAAUACCUCAUCAACGACUACUCAAGGAGAGUCCUGAUAGAUGGCCGCGUGGUGCGUCUGCCAACUAUCUUCGUCAGAGCAGGUGCACCAACCGCGGCUGCUUCGUCGUUCGUUUCCGGCAUCGUAAGGGAACCGGUGCAUGGUCAAGAAAGCGAGCUUCCCGUAGACCCGGAUAUUGGGAUUUGGCUUGCAUCUCCAAGAACGUUAGCUCACAACCUUGUACACGCUAUGAACGUCCCAGCAGAGAAGUUUGGCCAUUUCCGAACUGUUCUACUUCCUGGUUAUACGGCUACCAGUGGAGAGAUCCUAGAUGCGCUGGAGAAGGUGGCCGGAAAAGGGGUCCGAUCGUUAGUAAAAGAGAAGAAGGACGAGACGAUCCAGAGGAUUGUACUCAGUUGGCCUGAGAAGUACGACACGUCAAGAGCUAAAAGUUUGGGGUUUGCGGAUGAUGUGGGCCUGGAGCAGACGAUAAAGGACUUCAUCGAAUCAGAAAACCGGGAAUCGUAGGAAUGAGGUACCUUGCAUGGUGCAAAGAGGCACUCAGUACAAAACCUUAGCCUAGUACGAGUCAGCCGUGAUGCCUUCUCGACCGUGUAAUUGACGCCUUUCGCUAAUUCCACGCAUCGACCCCGCAUUUACCCCGGAUUCUGUGACCCCGAAAGUUCGUCCAUCGGUCGCUAUCACUACAAGCACACGAUGUCAACGACUUCAUCGGACGAACGCACCAGAAUUUCAUAGGUUGUUAGAAUAGAAACUGCGUUACAGGUAAGAUCGGUACUACAUAUUACAGCCUCUACCUUCAUGCACCUGGUAUUUGGGAUUUGUUGAAUAACCUUCAGAUGCCGUACACUGGUUGUCCGCUCUAGGAAGAUCGCCCCGGGAUUUUCCCGCUUGGCACUGACUGCUUAACGUUUUCCGUUUAUAAAGCGACUCCCAACUCCAAGCUAGGC